UGUGUUUUCCCCCUAAAAAAAACUAUGACACAUUGAACACCGUCGUUUCGCACACGAUUGUUCAAUUUCACCAUCGAUUCGAGUCUCUGAGAAGCGAUUUCACAGUCCUUGUUGAGUUGGAGAAUCAUGGAAGCUUCUAAGAAGAACGUGAUCUUCAUCGAUCAUUGGGCUUUUCUGGAACACUUUGAAGCACCUAUGUGGGCAGAUUUGAUUUUUGAAGCUAACUCUGGUUAUGAAAAUAUAACUGAUGAUGACUGGUUCAACGAAAGCCACCCGUUCCAUCAGUUGUCUGCUCGCGAGUUAAAGUCAAAAUUUGCUCACUCUGGUGAGGAGGCAGUGACGUCGCCGGCACUUCCUUCUUCUGUCUCGAAAUCAAGAGGAAAACACUACAUUAACAAGAAUUGGGGGAAAGGUGUUAAUCUGAAUGUUUUGUUGGAUAAACAGCAGGGUUUAAGCAAGGGGAGAUGCUUGAAACAAGGUUCUAGUUUUGGUCAUGAAGUGAAGGUUAAAUCAACGUCAAAUGUUAGCAGGACAAACGGUUUGAUGAGCGAGAAAUCGGGGUUGACUUUUGAACACAAUACCAGGGGAAAAGCUACGUCGAAGGCUAGUUGCAAUCUUGUUGGAAGUUCAAGUUCUAUGGAUAAAAAGAAUUAUGAAAGGUCUACAAGAAGCAUGGUUACAUCUGAGAAUAUGAUGCCAAAGAAGGAUUAUAAGGGGCAUAAGAAGGUAUCAUGUGAUGAGAAAAGCAAAAGUUCGUCGGUUAGAAGCGUUAGUUUUGGAAGAAGUGCGGUUACAGUAGAAGCCUCAAGAGUAGUUCAGGACCAGCAUAAAUAUAUGGAGGUGUCUAGUAAACCAUGUGAUCAGAAAAGUGGAAGUUCAUCAGUGAAUAGUAUUAAUCUUGGGAAAACUCAUGUAACACCAAAAGCGGAGAUGGAUGUUGGUAACAUAAAAUCAAGAGGUCGUACAUUGUCUUCUGGGAAGUCUAGUGUUGGGUCAUGUUCAAAUCCUAGUUAUGAAGUUAAGUUUGUAUCAAAGCAGCAGAGGCAGAAAAUCACAGAUAAGAAAGUUGUGGGCUCAAUGAAUCUUGCAGAUAAGAACAGAUGCAAUGUUGGUAAUAAAUCCAAGACAUCUUCCAUUAAAGUUGAAGGAAAAGAAACAGGAAGCACAAAAGGAAGUAACAUCAGUGUUGCAAAGUCAUUGGUCAAAAGUCGAUCUGUAAGUUCAAGUACUAUGUUACCAGGAAAAGUCAACAAAAAAAACUCUACCGUUGGUAAAAAGGAGGCCUUUGACAAGGGGAAAGAGAAUGCUACCAGGAAAUUGACAGUGAAUAAAAAUUGUAAUGAAAAAGGUGUUCUUGCAAGGGGCAUUUUAAAAAGUCAGAAAGCUAGAGAACAUAAUUGUCAACAUAAGGAUGACAAAGCAGGAUCAGCGGCUUUGACAAUACUGGGAAAAGUGAACGAUCAACGUGAGGCAAAGAACCCAGGUAAUCCAGCUAGAAGGAUUUACCUGCGGUAACGGAGUAUAGCAAUCCAUUCUUUUUGAGGAAUACAAAAACUCCAGGAAAGAAGUUGCCCAAUUUCAAAAUAAGGGAAAAAUUAGCCUGAUAUCACACGACUUAUUGAAGCUUCAUAUUGGUUUGUGUACUAACUCUUGUAUAUAGGGUGAGUGGGUAUUAUGGUUAUGACCCCAGCCUGCAAUGUUAGGUGAUAAAAUUUUGGUUUCUGUUUUUGACAAAAUACCAAACUUCAAAUUCUUUUUGCAUUACCUUUUGUGGCUUUUCAUCACACUAUCAUACGAUGCAAUUCACCUGGUCUUA